AUGCGUGGGGCGUGGGUGGUCGAGACAGGACGGGUGAGUGAGAAAAACGAUAUUUUGGUACAAUUUUGCUUGAAGAGUGAAAGGGACGGAAGCCGGGUGGGCGUACUCUGCUGCGCCACCCUCGGCACGCCUCUUCAGGAAGGACUCCCGUUCCAGACUGGGGUUCCGGCGCCGAUCAUUAUAAUUACUCUCCAAGGUGAGCCGGGAGCUGCCAGCCUAAUCCAGGCAAAGCAACUCUAUCGGGAAUUUACCCACAACCCACAAUCA